AAUCAUAGAUUCCUUACCAAAAUUCUUACUUUCUUUGAUAUCCCGGCAGUAUCCCGGAGGUACAUCUCUACGGCUGUCAACUGUCAACUUUGAAUCAUUCGAUGCGUCUCAAUCAUUCGUUCAUCGCCCCAUUCAGCUCCAUUCAUGGUCUUUGUUGAAUUGAGACAUUGAGAGUUGUGAAAAAUAAUUUGAUUUGAUUUAUUUAGUGUAAAUAAUCACAAUGAAUACCAUCGUAAGUGAGCUCAGUAUGAACGAUUUAAACCACAAAUUCUUUGAAAUAAUGCAAAGCGAAAGCAAUGCCGAAGAAGCAGCCAAUUUUAUUUACGAUAGUGUCCUGGACGAUGUCGCGAUUGGAUUUAUUUUUGAGUUCCACCACGGCUUGAAAACUGGGUUGACGGAUUUAUUAGAAGGAGAAAAAGAAGAUGAAGAGCCUUACAAAAUUAUAAACUCGCCGGAGUGCGAUGUGUUUGGAUUUUCCGUGUUAAAAAAGACCCCAGAUAGUAACUGUUCUUGCCCGAAUUGUGAAAGGCCCGUGUCGGCGACCAGGUUCGCUCCUCAUUUAGAAAAAUGCAUGGGAAUGGGUCGCAAUAGCUCCCGCAUUGCAUCCCGUCGUAUAGCCUCAAACAGCCGUGAGCCUACUUCGUACGCUGGACUCCUCAGUGACGAUGAAGAUGACGCCGACUGGGCUGGUGGCUCCUUGCAGAAUGAACGCAGGAAGAGAAGGAUUAAGAACAAUAACAAUAGGAAGCCUAAUAAACUUCAUAAUGGCAAUAACAGGAAUAAUGGAACUCAGAACUCUGAUUCAAAUGAUGGUGUUACAUAUGACACAAUGACUGCCAAUGACAAGAAAACCUUACUACUGCAGAUCUGCGGUGUUGUGUCCGAACACACAAAAAAAUUAUGCACUAGAUCCACCAGGUGUCCCCAACACACCGAGGAGCAGCGCCGGGCGCUCCGCAACACCGUCCUUGAGCCCUCGACCCCCGAGAGCGGGCUCGGGCCCGACGAUGCCGGCUCCCCGCCCGACUCCAGCCCGUCGUCCUCCUGUUCCUCGUCGAGCCGCAAGCGCGACCGUCACCGCGCGCCGCCCAAGCCUAAGAAUAAGAGGGGCAUGUCGCCUAAUGGGAGGGAGUAGCCUGCCAGUAUUCAGGUGCUUGGUUUAACCUUUUGAAGCACGCCUCCCUGCUGCCUAAAAUGAAAUGUCCACGCCCCCCACACGGGAACGUAAUUAAAUAACGUGUGUGCAUUUAUUUAGCUCCUCUGGGGGGCGCGCUCGGAGGAUUACCUAAAUCCCUAUUGCGUUGUGAAGGCGACCUUUGCAAAUCCUCCAAUGACGCCCACAGAAGCCUGGCUGUCAAAAAGUUAAAU